CAAAGCCAAAUAGGCAAAGAGAUAGGGAGAUAAUAAAACAAAUAGAGAUAGAUAGACGCUACACAGCAUAAGAAAAUGGUGCUGCUGUGUGGUUCAACUUCGGUGAUUCCAUUCCUUUCUCACAAGAAUGUUGUUCUCACAACUGCUUCAUCUAAAUCCUCCUUUGUGGCCUUUCAAUUGCCACUUCCUAAGCUUACGUUGUGUUCUUCUGUUCGAACCCUUUUACCCCAAACUUCUCGUGUCCGUUCUCAACGGGAUUCUACUGCGGUGGUCGCUGAAGACCCGCGAUUCGUGUGCGUCGAACCCGAACCGCGAUUCAAAGGCCCGGGAUUGAGUACGGUGGCGGUAACAUCAAGGUUAUGUUGUAGUGCUCGGAAUCCUUCUACUGGACGUACAAUAUCGGUACGCUGUAAAGCUGUUGGAGAAAAUCGACAAGUUUCCUUGGACGAAACCAUUGUUUACGAGGGUAUUUAUGGCCCCUGGACCGUUGACGACACCGAUGUUCGAGAGGUAAUUUUGUACAGAUCAGGUUUGGUAACAGCUGCUGCAUCAUUUGUGGUCGCUGCUUCUGUUGCGUUUUUGCCUGAUAACUUCUCAUUAAGUGCUGCACUGAAGCAAAACGUGGAUUUGUUUUAUGUCCUUGGGUCUGGUGGGUUGGGUUUAUCGUUAUUCUUGAUUCAUAUCUACGUGACUGAGAUCAAGCGUGCCUUACAAGCACUAUGGGGGCUUGGUGUUCUUGGAUCAGCUACAACCUACUUCGUCCUUGCUCAACCAGCUAAUAAAAAUCUAAUAGAAUAUGUCAUUGACAAUCCAUCAUCUGUUUGGCUUGUUGGUCCUCUUUUUGCUGCCUUGACAGGACUUGUCUUCAAGGAAGGACUCUGCUAUGGCAAGCUAGAAGCUGGACUCCUCACGUUUGUUAUCCCCAUAGUGCUUCUUGGGCAUUUGACUGGUUUGAUGGACGAUGGAGUUAAGCUUACUUUACUUGCUUCAUGGAUGACUCUCUUUGUGAUAUUUGCUGGAAGGAAAUUCACCCAGCCCAUCAAGGAUGACAUCGGUGACAAGUCCGUUUUCGUGUUCAAUUCUCUCCGUGAAGACGAAAGGAAAGCCUUGCUUGAGAAAUUAGAACAACAAAAAACUCAGAAUUAAGUGCAUUGGUUCCAAUUCAUCUUAAGAUGGGCUACGUUAUCUGGAUCCAGGGAAACUUUUAAAAGACGGUGGUACGCUAAGCUCUCUGAGCAUUGCCUUCAGUUAUCUCCUAGAAAAGACUCUGGCACACUAGGAAAUAGUUUCAACCCUUCUCAUAGAAAGUCGAUAUCAACAUCUACAAAAUCACUUUCCCAGCAUGUCUUCCUCUAUCUCUGCAAAAGUUGCAUAGUAUGUUGGCUAAUACACAUAUUUAGGGACAUUGUGCUCUACAAAUGAUAAUGUAAAUAUUUAUUAUAAAGAUUGUGAGAAGAAUCUACAGAUUCAAGGUCUCUUUCCACUCCUUUCA